CCGGCCAGUUACGUACUGACUUUAUUCACAGUCGUGCCGGAGUGCAUCGAUACAAUAACGAAACACGUGCCUCAUCGUAUUUGUGAAUUCUUUUCUUUUGAAAAAAAAAAAAAAACGAUACGUGAGUGAAAUUUUGAUCCUUUGGCUUUCUUCACAAUAUGUUUUAUCUUCAGAUAGCAAUUAUUUGUAUGGCAAUAGUCCACGUAAUAUGCGACCUACCACCUGGGACAAGACGUAAUACAUAUCUGCCUCCUGAACCAACUAAGGGUUACAAUUAUGAAACACCUUCGAUACCAUUUCCAAAAACAACUCGACCUUCAUUUACUACACCACCCAGUCAUACAUAUCCUAAACCAACCACAAAAUUUCCAACAUCGAGACCUUCUAAUGGUUAUCCACCUCCUACUAAACCUACUCCGGAAUUUCCUGACUCAACCAGACCUACUGGAACUACUAUACCUGGUGGUCACGAUCAUCAUCACCACGAGCCAGGCAUGCCAUUUGACUUCAACUACGCGGUGAAGGAAGACGCCUUUGGAAACGAUUAUUCCCACAACGCGAUAAGCGACGGUGAUAUCGUCCGCGGGGAAUACAGAGUUCAACUUCCUGAUGGAAGAUUGCAGAUUGUCCGCUAUACCGCCGAUUGGAAACAUGGGUUUAGCGCGCAGGUUUCCUACGAUGGAAAUCCACGUUUUGACGUCUCUCGACCGCCCGGCAAUUUUGCAGGCUAUUAAGUUAUUAAUGUCCAGUUUAUGGUUGCGAACCAUGUUAAAAUGUUUGUCUUGCGGUUUUUAUCGUUGGUUUCCACGCCUUUGUGUUGCCUCUACGCCUCCAUUGAGCGUUGGAUUGUUCGUUUUCAGCAUAUCGAGUCAAUCGUGCCAAAAAAAAAGUUAUUAGAUACAUAAUUUUUUUUUAAAUUUUUGAAAUAUUUUUUUAAUAAAGAAAAAAUUUCACUAAAUCUAAAAACCAAUCGAGAUAUAUAUUUACUAUAUUUAUUAUUAUGAAUUUGAUUUUGUUUCUAUUAUAUUUUUCGGUCGAUUUAUUUUGAUAUACUCAAUUUGUUGAACGAUAGCUGAUUGUGAGAUUAUAAUUCUUUAUCUUGUCCUUUUCUUGAGGUCGCUAGUGUUGUCAAAUAGUAGUUUCUAGGAAAAGCACCCCUUUAAUAUAUGCAGAGAAUUUUCAAAAAUUUUUUUUAAUGUCAAAUAAUAUAAUUUUAUAUUUUAUUGAUAAUUUAUAAUAUCUUAAAUUAAAAUUUUUUAAUUGCUGGAAUAGAGAACAAUUCUGCAAAUUAUGAUAACUUUUAUGAUACCUGGUAUCUAUAAUUUUAUAUUAAAUUUUGUAAUAAAAUAUAAAUGAAAAAUAUUAUUUUUGCGACCAAAAAUGGUUCAAUACCAACUGGUACUUAUUCGAUAUCCUUAGCCAUCGCAAAAUCUAGAUCUAAGUAAAAAAAGACCUUAGGCCAGAGUAUAUUUUAUAUUCUCUAAUUAUAGAUGUAUCCAAUGGAUAUGGAUACUCAUAUAGGAGAAAAAAAAUAAAAAAGUUUCAUAAA